AUGAUUCUUACAAACAAAGAGAGAGAAAAGCUCCAUAAAGCAAUAUACUCAUAUCUUCUCUCGCAGAACUUCACCACAUCAGCCCAAGCCUUCAUGCAAGAUGCUAGCGUCACAGAAGACCCCAGCUCCUCUGAUUUGUUAGAAAAGAAGUGGUCAUCUGUCGUCCGCCUUCAGCAAAAAGUCAUGUCUCUACAAUCUGAGCUAGAUCAGCUCAAAGAAGAAAUGGUUUUUUACGGCCCAGGCAAGAAAAUCUCCGACUCAAACUCAAAUAAACUUGUAGGGCUCCCAAGAGUCCCCGAAAAGCAUACCUUGACUGGCCAUCGCGAGCCUGUAACAUGUGUCGCUUUCCACCCAGUCUACUCAGUCAUAGCUUCCUCCUCUGAAGACGCAUCAAUCCGCAUCUGGGACUACGAGUCAGGUUCUCAUGAGAGAAGCUUAAAAGGCCACACAGCUGCAGUCAAUUGUGUAGCAUUUGAACCCAAUUCUGGAAAUUUACUUGCGAGCUGUGCAGCUGAUUUAACUAUAAAACUGUGGUCUUUUGAUUCUUUUGAGUGUACUAAGACACUGCAUGGACACGAUCAUAAUGUAAGCUGUGUCCAAUUUUUCCCUGCUGGCGAUUUUUUGCUGUCUUGUUCAAGGGAUACGUCAGUCAAGAUGUGGGAAGUCAGCACUGGGUUUUGUGUGAAAACGUUCCAGGGACAUACUGAUUGGGCAAGGCAGGUAGCAAUUAAUAGCUCAGGGAAUUAUUUUGCAUCGUGCUCAAAUGAUGAAACUAUUCUGGUGUGGGCAGUAGACGCACAGAAUCCUUUGCAGACACUUGCAGGGCAUAGUCAUGUGGUAGAAAGUGUGUGCUUUGCGAACCAAAAUGCAACAGCAAGCUUGCUGGAGGCUGAUUUUAGGCAUAAGACAGAAGAAGAAAAGAUGAACUCAGCCAGGGCGCCUGAGUUUAUCGUGACUGGGUCAAGGGAUAAGACGAUCCGCAUAUGAGAAGCAUGGACUGGAAAUUGCUUGAUAGUCUUGAGAGGUCACGACAAUUGGGUAAGGAAACUUGCAUUUCACUUACUCCUAACUCUUGGUUAUCGAACAUUUUUCAAAAAAUCUAUACCCUAUGACAGCGAAUAUAAAAAAUUAAAAUAAAAAGAAGAAUAAAAUGGUGAUUAGACAGAAGAUGACUCAAGGCACAAUCUCUAUGUAACAGGUAGGACUUUCCUGAUGAAGCUGAAAAUAGUACCUCUGUCACUUUUGAAGCAGGACUUCGGUUUGAGGAUGCCUGACUAAGAGGGAAGUUUUACCUGUCUCUGCCAGAUGGACUAUACAGGUUUUGCCUCCCGCUGAUCCUUUGCUACUCGGGACUCAUAUGGGGGAUCUAAAAGAGGUUGUUUUACCUGGGUAGAUAAUUCUUAGGCUAAGUUGAUUUACACCAGAUCAGUAGGCUAGUGGUCUAUCCGCUUAUGGCCUUAUAACACUAACUAACUACUGGCUGCCUAUUUCAAAUAGUAAAAGGAUAACUGCCAGUUAGUGGAAAUCUUGUUUUUCAAUGCAAUUAGGUAUAAAUUUUUAAAUACUUGAGGGAGAAUAUAACUUAAUUCAUAAUUAUGUUUUAGGAUGUAAAGGAUAAAAUUGACUAAAUUAGCUGGAUUCCAUCAUAAUUAUCAUUAAUUAUAUCUCAAAUUAUUAUUUCUAUUAAAUUUUUUACUUACUAAUGGGUUUAAUUUCUCAAAAAUAAGGAUUUUGGUCGCUAAUCAUGAGAAGAGCUAGGAGGAAGCUAUCUAUAUUCUUGUAGCGACGAUAAGUCUAUAAGAGUCUGGGAUUUGAAAACUGGAGGCUGCUCCAAAAAGCUGCUUGACGUCCAUGGGCACUUUGUCUUAUGCCUAGCUGUGAAUCCACGGUAUAGCGUGAGCACAAUUUUAGCGUCUCCUAACGUCACUUCCUCCUCAGCAGCUGGGAGAUUUGACUUGCCAUUGAAGGUGACGAAUCAAACCCAAGUUGACAAAGCAAGACCCUUAUGACUGGAUUUUCCAGCUUAGUGUUGGCUCGCCACCUUCAAUGACGAGUCAAAUCCCCCAGCUUCUGAGGAGCAAGAAACGCUAGGGCACGCUAAAAGCGUGCCAAUACUAUAUCCUCUGUUAGCCUCUGGCAGUGUGGAUAAAACAAUAAAAAUUUGGGAGUGUCUUUAG